AUGGGGAUCUUCCAGGUGCACUUUUGCUGCUUCCUAGGCCUCUGGGCCACCGUACUAGGUCAGGAACCAGAAUUCAGCUAUGGAUGUGCUGAGGGGAGCUGCUAUCCAGCUACUGGAGACUUGCUAAUUGGGCGAGCCUCCAAGCUUUCUGUCACCUCCACCUGUGGGCUACAAAAACCUGAACCGUACUGCAUCGUGAGUCACCUCCAGGAGGAUAAAAAAUGUUUUAUAUGUGAUUCACGGGACCCAUUCCAUGAGACUAUCAAUCCUGACAGCCACCGAAUUGAAAAUGUGGUCACUACCUUUGCUCCAAACCGGCUCAAACUGUGGUGGCAGUCGGAGAACGGGUUGGAAAAUGUCACAAUCCAGCUGGAUUUGGAAGCUGAAUUCCAUUUCACUCAUCUCAUCAUGACCUUCAAGACAUUUCGCCCAUCUGCAAUGCUGAUUGAAAGAUCCUCAGAUUUUGGGGGAACUUGGAAAGUUUAUAGAUACUUUGCCUAUGACUGCGAGAACUCUUUCCCGGGAGUUAACGCUGGACCAAUGAAGAAAAUAGAUGAUGUGAUUUGUGAUUCCCGUUAUUCUGAUAUUGAACCUUCAACUGAGGGAGAGAUCAUUUUUCGAGCUCUAGAUCCUGCUUUUAGAAUUGAGGACCCAUACAGCCCAAGGAUUCAGAAUUUAUUAAAGAUCACUAACUUAAGAAUUAAAUUUACCAAGCUGCAUACACUGGGAGACAACCUUCUGGACUCUAGAAUGGAAAUCAGAGAAAAAUAUUAUUAUGCCGUUUAUGACAUGGUGGUCCGUGGGAAUUGUUUCUGUUAUGGUCAUGCCGGUGAGUGUGCACCAGUCACUGGAUAUGAUAAAGAGGUGGAAGGAAUGGUCCAUGGGCAUUGCAUGUGUAGGCACAACACCAAAGGCUUAAACUGUGAACAGUGCUUGGACUUUUACCAUGAUUUACCAUGGCGGCCUGCUGAAGGUCGCAACAGCAAUGCCUGCAAAAAAUGCAAUUGCAAUGAACAUUCUACACAGUGUCAUUUUGAUAUGGCUGUGUACCUGGGAACUGGAAAUAGCAGUGGAGGAGUGUGUGAUGACUGCCAGCAUAAUACUGUGGGGCGUAACUGUGAGCAAUGCAAACCCUUCUACUUCCAACAUCCAGAGAGAGAUAUCCGGGACCCCAACAUUUGUGAACCAUGCAACUGUGAUCCAAUUGGCUCCCAGAAUGGUGGGAUAUGUGACCGCUACACUGACUUCUCCACUGGGCUUAUUGCCGGCCAGUGCCGGUGUAAGUUAUUUGUGGAAGGGGAACGUUGUGAUAUCUGCAAAGAAGGAUUCUUUGGAUUAAGUGGAGACAAUCCUCUUGGUUGUCAGUCUUGUGCAUGUAAUCCCUUGGGCACACUUCCGGGAGGGAAUCCUUGUGACUCGGAGACAGGAAGCUGCUAUUGUAAGCGUCUUGUUACAGGAAGGCGCUGUGAUGAAUGCCUGCCUGAACACUGGGGGCUGAGCAAUGAUAUGGAUGGAUGCCGGCCAUGUGACUGUGAUCAAGGAGGAGCACUGAACAAUAACUGCUCAAGUGAAUCUGGCCAGUGCCUGUGCAGGCCUCAUAUGAUUGGCCGACAAUGCAGUGAAGUGGAACCGGGUUAUUAUUUUAUUUCUUUAGACCAUUAUGUCUAUGAAGCAGAGGAAACUGUCUUUGGCCCUGGAGUGAGUAUAGUUGAACGUCAGUAUUCUCAAGAGCGUACGCCUUCAUGGACAGGAAUAGGAUUUGCCAGAGUUCCUGAAGGAGCAUACCUGGAAUUCUACGUUGACAAUAUUCCAUACUCUAUGGAGUAUGAUGUUUUGAUUCGCUAUGAACCACAGUUACCAGAUCAGUGGGAAAAAGCCAUUAUCACAGUAUUUCGCCCAGGCACGAUUCCUAGCAGCAGCAGAUGUGGUAAUACCGUUCCUGAUGAUGAUAACCAGGAGGUAUCAUUACCUCCAGGUUCAAGAUAUGUAGUCCUUCCGCAUCCAAUAUGCUUCGAAAAUGGAUUGAAUUACACUGUUCGUCUGGAGCUGCCACAGUACUCCUACGAUACAGAGGUGGAAAAUCCGUACACUCUCAUUGACUCACUUGUCCUUAUGCCUUUUUGCAAAUCGUUGGACAUAUUCUCAGUUGGCGGAAGAGGCGAUGAUUUGAUGACUAACAGUGCCUGGGAAACGUUUCAGAGAUACCGGUGCCUGGAGAACAGCCGGAGUGUUGUUAAAACACCCAUGACGGAUGUUUGUAGGAAUAUGAUUUUCAGCAUCUCAGCUCUGCUGCAUGAGACAGCAUUGUCUUGCCAGUGUGACCCUCAAGGUUCAUUAAGUUCUGUGUGCGAUCCUAAUGGAGGCCAGUGUCAGUGUCGGCCAAACGUGGCUGGAAGAAGAUGUGACAAAUGCGUUCCGGGCACUUUUGGAUUUGGACCUAGUGGAUGCAGAUUUUGCGAGUGUCACGUCCAAGCUUCUGUCAAUCCCUUCUGCCACCCGGAGACUGGACAGUGCCCCUGUUUCCAUGGGAUAUAUGGCCGUCAGUGUGACAGAUGCUUACCGGGUUAUUGGGGAUUUCCAAGCUGCCAAGCCUGCCAGUGCAAUGGCCAUGCGGAUGAUUGCGACCCAUAUAGUGGGCAGUGUUUAAAUUGCCAAGAUCACACCACUGGACACAAUUGUGAAAGAUGCCUUGGUGGUUAUUAUGGUGAUCCUGUCCUGGGAUCUGGAGAUCACUGCCGCCCUUGCCCUUGUACUGAUGGGCCAGAAAGUGGCCGCCAAUUUGCCAGUGGCUGUUACCAAGAUCCUGUCACACUGCAGGUGGUUUGUGUCUGUGAGAAAGGCUACAAAGGGAGCAGGUGUGGUGAAUGUACUUCUGGAUACUUUGGAAACCCCGAGGAGAUCGGAGGGGCUUGCAGGCCCUGCCAGUGUAACAACAACAUUGAUCUGACUGAUCCAGAGGCCUGUGACAGAAAAACAGGGUUGUGCCUGAAGUGCUUGUAUCACACAGAGGGGGGAAACUGCCAGCUGUGUAAAUAUGGCUAUUAUGGACGGGCCCUUCAGCAGGGCCGAAGAUGUAUUUGCAAUUAUUUGGGAACCGCAUAUGAAAGCUGCAACAACAACAACGAAUGCGAGUGUGAAAAAGAAACGGGCCAGUGCCAGUGUCUUUCCAAUGUGAUUGGACAGAGCUGUGACCGCUGCGCCCCGAACACAUGGAAGUUAGCCAGCGCCGCAGGGUGUGAACCAUGUGGCUGUGAUGUGGAACGUUCCUUUGGUUCAUCUUGCAAUGAGUUUACUGGACAGUGCCAGUGUAUGCCAGGAUUUGGAGGGCGCACAUGUAGUGAAUGCCAGGAGUUUUACUGGGGUGACCCCAGUGUGGAGUGCCAAGCUUGCGACUGUGAUUCCCGUGGUGUACAGACCCCACAGUGCAAUCGCACCACAGGACAAUGCAUUUGUAAUGACGGGGUUGAGGGACUCCGAUGUGAUAAGUGCACCCGAGGCUACUCCGGCACCUUCCCAGACUGCACACCAUGCCACCAAUGUUUUGCUCUCUGGGAUGUCAUCAUUAGCGAGCUAACUAAUAGGACCCAGCGAUUUCUGGAGAGAGCAAAGGCUUUGAAAAUCACAGGGGUCAGUGGUCCUUACCGGCAGACGCUGAACUCUGUAGAGGAAAAACUGAAUGAGAUUAAGAGUAUCAUUGCCCAAAAUCCAGCCACUCAGCCUCUUAAGAACAUUGUGAAUCUCUUUGAGGAAGCAGAGAAACUAACAGCAGAUGUUACAGAAAAGAUAGAAGAAAUAGAAGAAAAACUAUCCAAGGUGGCAUCAGAAAGCAAAAGCAUGGACAGUCAGUUGAAUGACCUAGAGUCAGAUGCGAAGAAUGUAGACAGUGUUGUGAAGACAAUUGCAGAACAACUGGAGUUAAUGAAAAACUCCGAUAUUCGGGGGGCCUUAGACAGCAUCACCAAAUAUUUCCAAAUGUCUCUGGCUGCAGAAGAGAGAGUGAAUGCCUCCACUCUUCUUCCUGGCAGCAUAAUAGAGCAGUCAGCUGAACUGCGCCUGGAAGUUGAAAGUUUGAUCAAUGAAACAGAAUUCAAGGUUAAAGAAGAGGAACAGUCUCGACUCCUGGAUCAACUUGCAGGGAAACUGCAAAGUCUGGAUCUGGCAGACGUAGCUGAAAAGACAUGCGGAACUCCCCCUGGGGCUUCCUGUGCUGAUUCAGAGUGUGGCGGCCUGAACUGUCGAACGGAGGAGGGAAAGAAGAAAUGCGGGGGACCUGGCUGUGAUGGAUUGGUUACUGUGGCCCACAAUGCCUGGCAGAAAGCCAUGGAUUUUGACAGAGACAUACUUGUUGCUCUCGAAGACGUUGAACUGCUCUCCAUAAUGGUGUCUGAAGCAAAGGCGAGGGCUGAUGAAGCAAAACGGAAUGCGCAAGAAGUUCUGCUACAGACCAAUGCAACCAAGGAGCAAGUGGACCGAAGCAACAGGGACCUAAGGGACCUUAUUAAGCAGAUCCGAGAAUUUCUGAUGAAAGACAGUGCUGAUCUGGACAGCAUUGAAGCAGUUGCUAAUGAAGUGCUCAACAUGGAGAUGCCCAGCACGCCCGAUCAACUACAGGCCCUGGCAGACAAUAUUCGGGAGCGAGUGGAAAGCCUUUCUGAUGUUGAGACUGUCCUACAGCAGAGCUCUGGAGAUAUUGCACGGGCAAAGAUGCUGUUGCAUGAAGCUAAGCAAGCAAGUAAAAGUGCAACAGAUGUUAAAGUCACUGCAGACAUGGUGAAAGAGGCUCUAGAAGAAGCUGAAAAAGCCCAAAAUGCAGCUCAAAAGGCCAUCAGACUAGCAGAUGAAGAUAUCCAGGGAACGCAAGACCUUCUUACCUCUAUUGAAUCUGAAACCGCGGCAUCAGAAGAAACCCUGAACAAUGCUACUAUGCGCAUUGCCAAACUAGAGAAGAAUGUGGAACAGCUUAAACAAAAAGCUGCUACAAACGCAGAGGACAUUAGGGCAGUUGAAGAAAUUGUUGCUUCUGUCAAUCAAACUACUGGCGAUGUUAAAAAAGUCUUAGACAACGAUGUCAGUGACAAGUAUAAAACGGUCGAAAUCCUAAUUGCCAAAAAAACAGGGGAGUCUGCAGAUGCCCAGAAGAAAGCAGCAGCGCUGCAGAAUGAAGCUAAAGUGCUGCUAGAUCAAGCAAACAGCAAACUUCAGCUGCUCAGAGAAUUGGAAAAUACAUAUGAACAGAACCAAAGAGUCCUGGAAGAAAAGGCCAAGCAGUUGGUACAGCUGGAAGAAACAGUCCGUGGCCUUUUGCAGGCCAUUAGCCAAAAAGUUGCCGUUUACAGCACCUGUUAGUAAUUGGGGAAAGAAGGAAUAUCUUAGGAAAAAGUAAAGCCUUCAUUCCCUCUUAAAGUUUACGUGUCCUAAAUGGAUAGUAUAAUCAGGUUGAAUACUAGUUUUAAUAUCUUUUUU